UGCAUUUUGUCGAACGCCAGAGGAGACGAGCAAAAAUUUUAAAAACAUUGCCAGGAGUAAAAGUCGUAGUGUGCUAAUAAAUGCAAAAUAAAUCGAAAUAAGUGCAUUUUGUAUGUUACUUCUGUUUACGUUGCAGAUUAUUCAGUUUGUUCAAUUGAUUUUUACUGUGUUGUGUGUAGUGGACUAGCGAAGCUGCUGAAAUUUUCACCAGAAAAUGUCAGAAUCGUACGAUUAUCUUUUCAAGUUUCUCAUCAUUGGCCGGGCUGGAAGUGGAAAAUCGUGCCUGCUGCAUCACUUCAUCGAGAACAAAUAUAAGGAGGACAGUUCACACACCAUUGGCGUUGAAUUUGGUUCCCGCAUAGUGAAUGUUGGCGGUAAAACGAUCAAGCUUCAGAUUUGGGACACUGCAGGUCAGGAGCGGUUCCGCUCGGUUACUCGCUCUUAUUACCGCGGGGCGGCCGGUGCACUGCUAGUUUAUGACACUACCUCCCGCGACAGCUUCAAUGUGCUUGCAAACUGGUUGAACGACGCUCGGACGCUCGCCUCGCCGAACAUCUGCAUCCUGCUGGUAGGCAACAAGAAGGAUCUGGAGGAGGAACGUGAGGUCACCUUUCUGGAGGCGAGCAAUUUUGCGCAGGAGAAUGAGCUGAUAUUCCUGGAGACCAGCGCCAAGACAGGUGAGAAUGUGGAGGAGGCUUUUCUGAAGUGUUCGAAAACGAUUUUGGCGAAGAUUGAAUCCGGCGAACUGGAUCCGGAACGGAUUGGCAGUGGAAUACAAUAUGGGGACACAUCGAUGCGUGGUGGAGGAACCGCAUUGUCCGGGAGUCGGCAACAAAGCAUUGGAAGACGUCGUGCAUCCGAUUGCGCUGGUAGUUGUCGUCCCUAGAGCAUGAUUCAGAUGCGUCAUUUGUUUUGUUCCGGAAGAUCUCUCGAUAAAUUGAGGAAAAAAAUAAAUGAGUUUGGUGGAUCGAAUCGAUUGGAAAAUUGAAAGUGAGCCUGUUAGCUGGAUGAGGAUAAAGAGUUUAGAACAUAAUAUUGUAAAGCGAUAAAUGGUUUUGUUUAUGCGUGCUUUACCCAAAGUUCAGAAGAAAGAUAUAAUAAAGGAUCAAGAGAAACUUGCUCCAAAAUAAUGACCGAAUUAUAUAUAUUCUACUUUUGCGCUUUUAUUUACUGCAUUAAAUCAGGAUUCACACAUUUCUUAUUAUGUUGGAUCUACAAAAAGUGAAAUAUCAAAUUUAUCACGUUUCAAAUCUCGAACUCUUGUGAUUUUGUAUUCUCUGAUUAUUCAUAUACAUAUAUAUUUUUACACCAAUAACAUUACAUCACCAUUGAUUCUUUUUAAAGGGUUUUUAGUAGUAUUUAUUUGAGUUACAGUGAUAAAGUGAAUCGGAAUAUUUUUUGAAAUAGCAGCUAAAGGGUCGAUAUGGAUUGAUAAAACUUAAACAAUACAGCUAAGAUAUGUUGAACGUUUUGUGUAAAUGAUGAUAAUUAUCGGAAAACACAAACCAAUUGUGGUGAAUUUGUUCGACACCAUGGAACCAUGAUAGUGUAAUAAAAUCAAAUAUUCCAUUCUUCUGAUCGUUAUUUUCAACCAUAACGAUCGAUAAUAGAGAACUAUAUAUUAAUUAUAAUGUAAAAUUGUUCCCAAA